GUGAUAAUUGUUGCAUCCUGCUUAGAGGGAUCAACUCAACAACUCGUUGGCUAAAUGGAUUAGUAGCCUCCAAGGGGUUCGGCAGGAACAUGAAUGAUUGGGCGCAGACCCACACUUUGGAGAGCUUUAUGGACUUAGUGGAGGCUCGUUGGCACAACCCUCAGCAGGCACAAAUUGCCACUGAUGGGAUCCUGAAGCUUGACUCUAGAAAGUACAAGUCGGUGCGAGAGUUGACCACAACCGUAGAGCGUCUGAUUGUCGUUCCUGGAGUGGAGUAUAAUCCACAGGUCUUGUUGACCACGUUCCUAAGAUGUCUUCCCACGGACAUCAGGAACUUGUUAGCCAGCGAGGCUCGCAAAGAGUAUCACACCUUUGAGACAUUCAGCAAGAAGGCCCUAGACUUAGAGGCUACGCUGGGUGGUGCUCAUACCCCUUCUGCGGAUGGAAGAAAGAAGAAGAUUCCACACGAGUGGCAGAAGAAGGGUAAUCGAUUAAUGAUGGUUGAUUUCGAAGGGAAUCGAACUGAGAUUGAUGAUGUUUCUAAGCUUGUGGGGGGGAAAAAGUUAGACGGCGAGGAGAGUGCUAAGGGUAGCAACCUCGCCGCAAUAGUUAAGACUAAGGCAGUAGGCCGCGGGAAGGGCGGUCAACAAAGGAGUCAGGGACAGGUCGCCGACCCAAACAAAAUAGCAGCUUGGGUUAGAGCAGGUGCGCUGAUUCUUUCUGAAGAUGUAACUCGAUCGUUGGAUGAAGUCUACAAGGAAGAUCCCAUCACGAUGGACAUCAUCAACAAACAACAGGCUAAAGACAAGGCCACCACUGAUGAGUUUGUGAUGGUGGAUGAGUUGCUCUUUCUUGAGAAGGCAGGGUUCAAAAGGUUAGUUGUUCCAUCUAGAGAAACUUUGCGUAGUUUGUUUUUAGAUGAGUGUCAUGACGCAACAGGACAUUUCGGCGAUAAGAAGUCGAGUGCUAAUUUAGUACAGCGAUUCUGGUGGCCCAACAUGCUUGACGAUGUGAAGAAGUACGUGGAGACCUGUCAGGUCUGUCAGCGGGACAUGCUGCGGACUCAAGCUCGGGGUGGGUUACUCAAGCCUUUACCCAUUCCUGCUGGCACAGGGCAGAGUAUCUCCAUGGAUUUCAUGGAUACUCUUGUGACCAGCAAGAAUGGCAAGAGGCACAUCUUCGUCAUAGUGGAUAGGUUCACUAAGGACGCUAGACUAAUCGCCAUGCCAGAGUCUGCCAAGAUUGAGCACGUCAUCAAGUUGUUCAUGGACAACGGGCAGGCACAGAUUGCCACUGAUGGGCUCUUGAAACUUGAUACUAGAAAGUACAAGUUUGUGCGGGAAGUCACCACAACCGUAGAGCGCCUGAUCGUCAUCCUUGGAGUGGAGUACAAUCCACAGGUCUUGCUGACCAUGUUCCUGAGAUGUCUUCCCACAUACAUUAGGAAUUUAUUAGCCAGCGAGGCUCGCAGAGAGUAUCACACUUUUGAGUCAUUCAACAAAAAGGCCCUAGACUUAGAGGCUACGCUGGGUGGAGCUCAAACCCCUUCUACGGAUGGGAGGAAGAAGAAGACUCCACAAGAGUGGAAGAAGGGUAGUCGAUUGAUGAUGGUUGACUCCGAUGGGAAUCAAACUGAGAUCGAUGAUGCUUUCGAACUUGUGGAGGGUUCAGAGUUUGACGGCGAGGAGAAUGCUGAGGGUAGCAACCUCGCCGCCGUUGUCAAGACUAAGGCAGGUGGCCGCGACAAGGGCGGACAACAAAAGAGUCAGGGGCAGGCCUCUAACCCAAACAAAAUAGCUGCUUGGGUAAGAGCAGGUCUGGAUCAAGAUGUGUGGCGGGACCGGUGGUUUCGUGGUGCUUGCAUUAACUGCGGUACAUUCCAGCACGCCAUGAAUAGGAUCUUCCAUGACCACUUGGACAAGUUUGUUGUCGUGUACCUCGACGACAUACUUAUCUUCAGUAGAUAUGCCGAGGAGCAUGCUCAGCAUGUAGACACUGUACUUUCACUCCUUCGACAACACAAGUAUAAGAUAGAUGUGGAGAAAUGUGAGUUUGGUCGCACUCAAAUCUUGUACUUGGGUCAUGAAGUAUUUGCGGAUGGGAUUAGGCCCGAAGACGCUAAGGUGGCUAGCAUACGUGACUGGCCGCGACCCCAGUCUUUGACUGAGGUCAGAUCAUUCUUGGGAAUGUGUGGUUAUUACCGCAACUUCGUAAAGAAGUAUAGCACGAUCGCAUCUCCCUUGACUGAUUCUAGACUUGACACACCAUGGGACUGGACCGACGAGUGUAAGGCAACAUUCAAUCGUUUGAAGCAUGCUCUCACGCACCAUGAGGUUCUCAUGGUACCCGACCCGCAAAGGCCAUUUGUUGUGACCAUUGACGCAAGCCAAUAUGGCAUUGGCGCAGUGCUGGCUCAGCAGGACGGGAAGAAGUUGAGACCGAUCGAGUACAUGACCACAAAGAGGCCUUCAAAGAAGUUCGCAAAGUCCACCUACAAGAGGGAACUCUAUGCUCUUUACAAGGAAGGCACUUGUCCACUGGAGGCACUAUUUGUUAGGAAGCGGGACAAGCCGCGAACUCAAGCUCCGCUUGGGUUACUCAAGCCUUUACCCAUUCCUGCUGGCCCAGGUCAGAGUAUUUCCAUGGAUAGUCUUGUGACCAGCAAGAAUGGCAAGAGGCACAUUUUCGUCAUAGUGGACAGGUUCACUAAGUACGCUAGACUAAUCGCCAUGCCAGAGACUGACAGGACUGAGCACGUCAUCAAGUUGUUCAUGGACAACUGGGUGCGUGACUUUGGACUUCCAAAGACAAUCGUUAGUGAUAGAGAUGUGAGAUUCACAAGCGAGAUGUGGAAGAAGGCCAUUGAACAGAUGGGCAGCCAACUUCAAACGACUUUUGGGAAUUAUCCCGAAGCAAAUGGGCAGGCUGAACAGAUGAACCGAGUGGUGCAGCAUCUGCUGAAGCAUUACAUCAAGCCUUGUCAUCUGCUGAAGCAUUACAUCAAGCCCAGUCAGGAUGCCUGGGACGAGAAAUUACCUCUCAUCGUCAGCCUCUACAACAAUGCUGUACACAGCACCACCGGCGUCGGUCCUAAUCAACUAAAUCUCGGAUGGAAGCCUAGAUCUGCUCUAGACUUCCUCCUGCCUGAAAACCGAACUGCUGCAACUCCUGGAACCAUUGAAUUUGGUGUCCAGUAUGAGAAACUGUUGCAGAAGGCUGUCGAACACAUCAAGAAAUCUAAGGAAGCCAUGAUUGCUUCUGAGAACAAGCGUUGCCGACAGUCCACAUUUCAGAUAGGGGAACGUGUCUGGGUCAAGGCUAGUGAGUUGGGACAGGAGUUUGGCAUCUCUAGGAAACUAAUGCCUCUGUAUUUCGGUCCCUGGGAAGUCCUAGACAUUGUGGGGAAUGAUUUGGAUGGUCCCUCGUACAUUAUUCCUAUCCCUGGUCACUUACGCACUUACCCUGUUUUUCACGCCUCCAAGCUUGCACCUUUCGCUGAGACAGCACAGUUCCCAUCACGGAGAUCUAUGCUGCCCCCAACCAUGGAUGGCCACGUGGACGUCAACGACAUUCUGGAUCAUAGAGACCCGCCUGUUCCCAAGCCACCUGGCAGGGGAAGACCUCCCAAACCUGCGAGGGAAUACAGAGUACAUUUCAGGCAUGAAGAUCGAUGGAUUUCAAGGGAGGAACUUGUCAAGACAGCUCCUCAGAUCGUGGCAGAUUAUGAGAAGAAACUGAAGGGGAGGGCACCAGCAUGAAGCACCUCAGUGGACUUUCGAAGCUAAGGGGGAUGGAAUGUGAGGAACGAG